GGCGAACUCCCGGACUCGACCCCGCCACCAAGUCGAUGGACUAUUGCCUCGGUUGCGUGUAACCAAGUGAACUACGGAGAAGAGAACCUCCGCCAUGUAACACCACCAUAAUCCCACAGUAGAGAGACCCAGUAGUCAAAGUCCGGCCCCCGGAGGAACUCGCGGGCAUAGGUCCGCUGUCGAAUGAAAUACGAUCAAUUUGGUCCCGGUGGGAUGGCGUCGUACCAUUUCUCCAGACUGGGCAGAUCUGGGGUCGAAUGCCCCGGCCCGAACCAACGCGUCGGUUGGUGGCCCAGAGUGUCUUUGAGGAGCCGUAUAUGUAGCAAGAAUUAAUUUCACUCCAGAUAAGUACUGGGCCCGUGGAGUCGCAUCAAUUGAGUUGACGACAUCGAAGGAGCUCUAGACACUGCAACCAUCGAUAGCAUGGCCAUGGAAAAAGUAGAGACCUCGAACCCGCACGCUGUCCAUGAGGACAUGAUUUCAGUAAAUAUGGAAACGACAGAUAAAUGUCACGCUCCGGACAAUGAGACUGCAGGUUAUGCCACCAACGAGGGAAUUCACAUUGACGAUGCAACCAGCAAAAGACUGUUCUGGACCGUAAAUCGUCGAAUCCUGGCAUGCAUGUUGGGCACAUAUUUCUGCCAGUCUCUAGACAAAGGCACACUGGGUUUCGCGUCUGUAAUGGGCAUACAGAAGGAUGCGGGGCUCUAUGGACAACAGUAUAGCUGGCUUGGUACCAUUCUCUACAUGGGCAUCCUAGUCGGGGAAUACCCUACCAACUUCCUCCUUCAGAAAUUACCCGUCGCCAAGUAUCUCGCUGCCAACGUCUUCUGCUGGGGUGUGGUUAUUGCUUGUUCUUCAGCCGCGAACAAUUUCGCCUCUCUGAUGGUUGUGCGAUUCCUGCUCGGCGUCUUCGAGUCGUGCGUCCAGCCUGCUUUUAUCAUCAUGACCGGCAUGUGGUAUACCAAGCGGGAGCAGGUCAUCCUUACGUCGCUCUGGUACUGCAUGACUGGUGUGCAGUUGAUGAUCGGCGGUAUCAUUGCCUGGGGUACCUCGCACUAUAACGGCGGUGCCAUCAAGUCCUGGCAACUACUUUUCCUUGUCCUCGGUGGUACGACUUGUCUUUGGGCGGUUUUCAUCGGUUGGUGGCUGCCAGACUCGCCAAUGAAGGCCAAAUGCUUUAACGAAGACGAAAAACGCUUGAUGAUCGAGCGAGUUAGGGUUAACGAGACUGGCAUUCAAAAUAGAGAGUGGAAGCGCUACCAGAUGAUAGAAACCUUGAGAGACCCUUUGGUCUGGUGCUAUGUCAUGCUCAACAUCACGUCGACUCUGGUCAUUGGGGGUCUGGGGGUGUUCUCUAAUAUCAUCAUCUCUUCUUUCGGAUUCAGCUACCUCCAGACUCAGCUGCUCAAUAUUGCUCAAGGCGCUCUAACGAUUAUCAUCAUGGUUGGAAGUGCGACUAUCGCAACCAAGGCGCAACAAACUGCAUGGGUGAUGCAUGGUCUGACUAUUCCUCCCAUCAUUGGAACCUCCAUAAUAUAUUGUUUCCCGCCCAAUGGUUCAAAUAGCGUCGGCCUACUCAUAGCCUUCUAUUGCACUCAAUUUUACCUGGCGGAGGGCAAUUUAAUCUUCUCGCUAAUCUCGCGGAACAUCGCCGGCCAGACCAAAAAGUCAACAACGUUAGCAAUAACGUUCAUUGCCUGGGCUGCAGGUAACAUGACCGCCCCACAGAUCUUUCAGUCCACGGACGCACCACGAUACCAAAAGGGCUUCACGGCCCAUUUCUGCCUCUACGUUAUUUUCAAUAUGACUCUAGCAGUCAUGCGUGUGCUGAUAAUGCGCCGUAAUAAGGCCAAGCGUGAUGCAGCCGGUGACACAGACGGGCGACCUGAUCAGGAUAACACCAAAAUCUCGCAUGUACAUGCCUUUGAAGAUCUAACGGACAAGGAGAAUCCUGACUUUCGCUAUGAUUUCUGAUCCUGGCAUCCGACAAAGCUUUGACCCUACGAGUUGGAGUAUAGUACAUAUAAUAGAUAGCCUAUUACAACUAACAAGAAGCAAUCAAGACACCAGAUGUAUCACAAA